GGGGCGCGGAGCCGCGGAAGGGGCGGUGCGUCGGGGUCCGCGUCGGGGUCGCGCGUCGGGCGCGCCGUGGCCCCGUCGGGGCGGCGGGAGCUGCGGAGCCGCCAUGGCGGACCUGGAGGCCGUGCUGGCCGACGUCAGCUACCUGAUGGCCAUGGAGAAGAGCAAGGCGGCGCCGGCCGCGCGCGCCAGCAAGAAGGUCGUCCUGCCGGAGCCCAGUAUCCGGAGUGUGAUGCAGAGGUAUCUGGCAGAAAGAAACGAAAUAACCUUUGACAAGAUUUUCAAUCAGAAAAUCGGCUUCCUGCUAUUUAAAGAUUUCUGCUUGAAUGAAAUCGGUGAAGCGGUGCCUCAGGUGAAAUUUUAUGAAGAGAUAAAGGAAUACGAGAAACUGGACAACGAAGAAGACCGGCUGCACCGGAGUCGGCAGAUGUACGACGCCUACAUCAUGAGGGAGCUUCUGUCCAGCACACACCAAUUCUCAAAGCAAGCUGUAGAACAUGUCCAGAGCCAUCUCUCCAAGAAGCAGGUGACGCCUACCCUUUUUCAGCCGUACAUAGAAGAAAUCUGCGAAAGCCUUCGAGGCGACAUCUUCCAAAAGUUUAUGGAAAGCGAAAAAUUCACUAGAUUCUGUCAGUGGAAGAAUGUGGAAUUGAAUAUUCACCUGAGCAUGAACGACUUCAGUGUGCACAGGAUCAUCGGCCGAGGAGGGUUUGGGGAAGUUUACGGCUGCAGGAAAGCAGACACCGGGAAAAUGUAUGCCAUGAAGUGCUUAGACAAGAAGAGAGUGAAGAUGAAACAGGGAGAGACACUGGCUUUGAACGAGAGGAUCAUGUUGUCUCUCGUCAGCACUGGGGACUGUCCCUUCAUUGUCUGCAUGACCUAUGCCUUCCACACACCAGACAAACUCUGCUUCAUCCUGGACCUGAUGAACGGGGGCGACAUGCACUACCACCUCUCCCAGCACGGGGUGUUCUCUGAGAAGGAGAUGCGAUUUUAUGCCAGCGAGAUCAUCCUGGGCCUCGAGCACAUGCACACCUGCUUUGUAGUCUACAGAGACCUGAAGCCUGCGAACAUCCUCCUGGAUGAAUAUGGGCAUGUGAGGAUAUCGGAUCUUGGCCUGGCCUGCGAUUUCUCUAAAAAGAAGCCUCACGCCAGUGUGGGCACCCAUGGGUACAUGGCUCCCGAGGUGUUGCAGAAGGGGACAUGCUACGACAGCAGCGCCGACUGGUUCUCCCUGGGCUGCAUGCUCUUCAAGCUCCUGCGGGGCCACAGCCCUUUCAGGCAGCAUAAAACCAAAGACAAGCAUGAGAUAGACCGCAUGACCCUGACCGUGAACGUGCAGCUUCCAGAUGCCUUCUCCCCUGAGCUGAGGUCCCUCUUGGAGGGUUUGCUCCAGCGGGAUGUGAGCCAGCGACUGGGCUGCUGCGGAGGAGGGGCACGAGAGUUGAAGGAGCACAUCUUCUUCAAGGGCAUCGACUGGCAGUAUGUGUACUUACGGAAGUACCCGCCACCCCUAAUCCCUCCUCGGGGAGAGGUCAAUGCCGCAGACGCCUUUGAUAUUGGCUCGUUUGAUGAAGAAGAUACCAAAGGCAUUAAGCUGUUGGACUGCGACCAGGACCUCUAUAAGAACUUCCCGCUGGUGAUUUCUGAGCGCUGGCAGCAGGAAGUAGUGGAGACCAUCUACGACGCCGUCAAUGCCGAAACUGAUAAAAUUGAGGCCAGGAAGAAGGCUAAAAAUAAACAGCUUUGUCAAGAAGAAGAUUAUGCCAUGGGGAAGGACUGCAUCAUGCACGGAUACAUGCUGAAGCUGGGGAACCCCUUUCUCACACAGUGGCAAAGACGUUAUUUUUACCUGUUUCCCAACAGACUGGAGUGGAGAGGAGAGGGCGAGUCUCGGCAAAAUCUACUGACCAUGGAACAGAUCAUGUCUGUGGAGGAGACCCAAAUUAAAGACAGAAAAUGCAUUUUACUCAGGGUAAAAGGAGGGAAGCAGUUUGUUUUGCAAUGUGAGGUUCCAGGGUACCUGAGGGUAGGGGUCAUGCUGCCUGCACUGAAGUGUUGGCAGAUGAGCAGACACACCCCAAAUUCUCACCUACGUCUCUGUGCAGAGUGACCCCGAGUUUGCACAGUGGCUGAAAGAGCUGACGUGCACCUUCAACGAGGCCCAGAGACUGCUGCGCCGCGCCCCCAAGUUCCUCAACAAACCACGUGCCGCCAUCCUGGAGUUCUCCAAGCCACCGCUGUGUCACAGAAAUAGCAGCGGCCUCUGAACCACAGAGCAGCAGGGCCUGAAGGAGGCCCCCCCCCCCCGGCUCUUCAGCCCAGCAGUGGAAUGGAGCCACGGGGAACCGUGUGGGGCUGAGACACAGUGGCUCUGAGCACUGGGCUGCUCCAGGCUGAGGAGGCCCACAACACCGGGGUGGCCCUUCAGGAACUAGGACAUCCUUGGGGCUGGCCUAUCCACACUCGAAAUUACUGAAGAAGCAGAGGCAUUUUUCUGUGCAACCCUCUCACUUUGGUAUCCAUGGACCCAGAACGUAAAAUGGUUCUUACCUCUCAAGCUUUUAUGUCUGGCAGGGAGCAUAUCCAGGGUGGGAUCACAGUCUCUGGGACUACGGUGGCCUGUCCCAGACAUUGCUGUGUCUUGAGUGCCUGCCUGAAGUGUGGGGGCUGAGGCUCCAGAUCCUGGAGGAGGGUCUCUGUAGGUCAGGGCUGACACCUUGCUGUCCCUGAGGUGAUGAGGUAGCUCUGAGCAUCAUGUGCACUUCCCGCCUCUGAUGGCUUCUUUCCAGAGAUGCUAGUCAGAGGGAAGAGGUAGGAAGUUCCCUGGAGGAGACUCAUGGCAUCCAUCACAGCCAUUUCUGGUGCGCAUGACUGGAGGAUGCCCCAGGACUUCAAGCAGAACCUAGGUAACCCACCAGACAGUGUCCCUCAUGCAUGGCACGCAUGUACUCGGGUCGGGGUCUCCAUGAUGGUUAGGUCUAUGACAGAGUCCUGCUGCUCCCUCUGUUUGACCUGGGGGAGCAUCUGAGGAUGUGCCCAGGGUGGAGAAGAAUUGCUGCCUUGCUUUCAGUACACUGGUGGGUGACAAUGUCCAGAGGUACCCUGUACACCCUGGCAUGCCCCACACCUUUCUGUCCCUAAUGCACUGUGUGCUGGGUUAUUCUGACAGAGGCAGCAGUUUGCCCAGCCCCCUUCCCCUUAAAGGUGGCUUUCUUCGCUGCUGCCCUGAAUUAAUGCUGGGGCCCCAUGUCACCACACUGAGAAGUCCUGCAAGGUCUCUGUGGAUUUGUCCAAUUCCUGGGGGGCGGUGUUACUGAGUCUCUAGAUGAACUCCUGAGCACAUGAAGAAACCUGACCGCAGAAUUCUUUGCGUUCUGUCCUGGAUCUUCCUGACAGUUCCCAGUGUGUAUUAUGUUCCCGUGCUGGGAAAAUACGGUGUUUAUUUAUUUUUAUGUUUUUUUUUAACUGCAAUUACCUUUUGAGAGUUUGGAAGAUAAUUUACCUAGAGGGUCUGUUAUUCUGCAGGUGCAUGAGGGACCUGUGAGGCUCAGUGCCUGUCUCGCCGCACAUUCAGGGUUCAAGUUCGCAGACAGUGCCACGGUUCACUGCCUCCAGGGUGGGAAUGUGGCGUCACCCUGCUUGGCUUAAAAGGCUAGCAUUCAGAUUCUACCACACACACGCACACGUAGUUAAGUAUUAUGGUUACUGUGUAGGCAGGAUUAGAAUAGACAGCUCACACGUGCUCAAUGAGACCUGCAGGGGCGGAGGGCUGUAUCUCUGGCCUCUUUAGGGCAUAUAGAGACCUCCCCCAACCCUCCAAAUUGGGAGGGACCUUGACCCCAGCAGGUGUUGGGCUAGCCGUAAAAAAAAAUCUCUCAUUGGGGUUACAGCUAUACCAAAGUCUUUUAAGAUGACACAGGGUCAUAGGAUCCUGCACCUGCACAGUCACGCCAGACUGUCGUUGAUAUCAUGUGUCAUUUUUUUGGCCAAGUUAAUUUUAAGACUCCUUCCCUUUUAGAAAAAAAAAUAUGUGUGUGUGUGUGUGUGUGUGUGUGUGUGUGUGUGUGCGCGCACGUGUGUAUGUGUAAGGUGGGAGGUCUCCUACAAGUUCUCCUGCCUCAGACUCCAAGUAAACCAUUUUGUCCCCCUCGACCCCACUUCCCUUAAAGACACAAGCAAAAGGGACGACAGACGGCCCUUGCCAGAGAUUGGCUGGUGAUGGAUCUGCUAACGCCACCUUAGAGGCUGUCUUUCCACCCCAGCAUGUGGCUAGGGUGUGUCCUGGGCCCAUGGAGUGGAGGGAGAAGCCAGCUGGGGUUGGGAUGCACAGCUCUUUGACAGUUUUCCAUCAUGCCAGCGGAUCCCUAGAUGUCUCUUGUACUUAUAUCCGUUACACAGGACCAGCCCUGUGUUCUGGUGACUCGGGUUUCCAGAUUGGAGCGUUUAACAUGAUGGAGGGUGUUCCACGGGAUGCUGUUUUUUAUACAAUUAUGCUCUAAGUAGGCAUAGUUUCAUAAAGCAAGAAUCAAUGCACAAAGCCCAGAAUAUUAGAUUAUUUUAAAGCCGCUAUGUGACACACACCAAAUUAAAGCCUUUGGCAACCCCCAGUUUGUUUGUUUUAACCUAAAAUGCCCGCUUGUCCUUGGGGCACCCCGCUUUUGCCUCUGGGCCAUAAUUAAAUGUGAUCUUUUGACAGAGGGACCUGUCUUGCUAUUGAUACAGGAGUGCGCACAUGGAUAAGCCCAUUGGCUGACAUUACAAACUGUGCGUGUAAAACCAGCAGUGAAGGAUGGGUGGUGACCUACCAGGGAGAGGUGCUGCAGUCUCACAAACCCAGCCUUGAUUGGCAGAGGCAGGAAGCUUGUGAGUUUGAGGCUAGCCUGGGCUACAUAGCAAGACUCUGUCUUCAGAACACCAAGGGCUCUAGCAUUAGCUCUGGGACCAAGGUCUUGCCUUACCUGUCCAAGGUUCUGGGUUCAAUCCCCAAAGCAGGAAAAGGAUGGGCAGCAGAUCGUUAGACAACUAGUCAGAUUUAGCUCUAGUGGUCGCCUUGACCUUGGCUAUGCGCCUAGGAGAAGCUGCUCUUCUGAGGCCCCACUAGGCAGGAUCGUUCACCAGUGGUCAGUAUGUCAGAGCUCCUCAGAACUCACCAUCUCCAUUUCCUGAAAAGGAGAGUCUGCGGUAGGCUAAGGACAGAGGGAAAAGGCUUGGUUGGCUGAUGGAAGCUACACACCUGGCAUGAGGACCCACCAAGGAAGGAAUGAGGGACACUCACGGGACACGCCCACAGCAUCCCCAAGGGAUUUUUGCACGGCUCGCUUGCUUCAUUCCUGAGGCUGGGAGAAAGGUGCUACAUGUUUUUCACUGGACGUUCCCAGGAAGGUUCCUCAUCGGUGGUGCAUCCAGGACACUGAGCCUGUCACCUGAUACUGUGGCUGUGUAGCCCAGGCAGUCAGAGGCUGUGACCUAGUCGCUGCCCUUGAAUGGGCUGCAGAGGUGUGUGUGUGUGUGUGUAUGUGUGUGUGUGUGUGUGUGUGGGUGGGUGUGUGUGUGUGUGUCCGACUUAGAUUGGGAGGACAUCAGAAUGACAUCAUGGCCUUCCUACGUGUUUAACUCCGUUUCCACUCGGAACUUUCAUAAUUUAAAUUAAAAAAAAAAACAAAACAAAACACUUUUCUUUUCCUGAGUGAGGUUUACUCAAAAGUGUCAUUUGCUCACAUCCAUUGUUAAUAGGAUCACUUUAACCCCAUCGGUGGGUUCAGGCCUCUCUCCCUUUGUCUGUUUCUAUAGGGAUGAAGGACAGGAAGUCGUCUCAGUUCUUGAUGGACAUUAGCAUUUUCUCUGUUGGGCACUUUUGUCUACUUAGAGGAAUAAGAACACAGUACAGCACCUCAGACCAGCGGCCCCAUUAUUCAGGACAUUGAGACAGGAGGAUGACAAAUCCCAGGACAUCCUGGGCUAGGGGAAACCCUACCCUAGAAAUAAACAGACUAAGAGUUGUUUUCAGACACAAAUCAGGUGUGACUGUUCCUUCAAGCAACCAGGAGGCGCUGUGUUCCCAAGACAUGGGAACCCAAGCAUUUUAAAUGGCCUCUAAUUUAAAGGCAGCCACAGAGAGAGGGUUGGAAGUGUCCAUCUUUGACGAAGGACAGACUCCCUUAUAGCUAAUUCAGAUCCAUGAUAUAGAGUUAGGUCUCCAGCAUCUAAUAGUCUGAGUCCCUUCUGGAAGCAAAUACCUAUGCAUCCCUUUUUAUUUUGCCCUAGAUGUAAGACAUCUUUGACAGCAACUUGAGGAUGCAGCCAUCAUUCUGAUUAUCAACUGUGAUUUUGUCCUCCCACCCCAUUUCCUGGAUUUUUACCUGCCCUGUGGUUAUAUGUGCUGUAUGUGGUUUAUAAAUUCAACACUGGCUUUUUUUUUUUUAGUUCUGUCAUUAAAUUAUAUUUUUCUAUGUUUUAAGUAAUAGCACAUCUGGCUUUUUCUGGUAACAGAGAUGGAUGGACCUGUAACCAUGAGACAAGAGUUCUAUUUUAGCACAAAAGCAUUUUAUAUUAUUUAUUGGAUCCCUACGUGCGUUCCCAUGGAAACCAUCUGUAUUUCCGCUUCUUGUGAUCUGUAUGGUUUGUUAUUUAAAGAGAGAUGGCAGCCUUUUGUGUUGUCAAAACAAUAAAACUGAGAGCUCCUAUGA